AUGGCGACCGAAACGAAAACCGAAGAAUCUGACUUCUCCACCCCGCAGGAUCUUGGAAGCCCGGACCACCUCACCCCAAAGUCCAACACCAAAACCAAGUCGCAAUCGCGAAAUGAGGACAAAUCUUCUGAUGGAGGUAAUUCCGUCAAACGGAGAUGUGUGAGCACGGCUUGCAUAGCAUGUAGGAAACGCAAAUCAAAGUGUGAUGGAAACACUCCAAGCUGCGCAGCCUGCUCCUCCGUCUAUGGCACCGAAUGCAUCUACGACCCUAAUUCAGACCAUCGCCGGAAAGGUGUCUACAAAAAAGAUAUUGACAAUCUCAAGACGCGGAAUUCUACCCUUCAGACCUUGAUCCAAGCCAUCCUCAAUUUCCCUGAAAAUGAAGUCCCAGACCUAGUCAAGCAGAUUCGGACGUGCGAGAGUUUGGAUGAUGUGGCAGAGUCUAUUAUAGCAAGGAACAAUGCCCUCGGUGCGGAUGAUGAAGAUGUCGAUGGCGCGACCCCAGAGAUCGGGACUCCUUCUGUGGUGCCACGAUUCGAGAAAGAGCUUUCGGGAAAGAUGGGCAAAAUGCGGUUGGAGAAUGGCUCCGUCAGUAUCAUUGGAGGCACAUCGAAUCUCAUCUUUAUCGGCGACAAUGGCGAGCUAGAUGAUGGAACAAGCUCGAUGGAUGAAGAACCGUACAUGAGACUUCAACAAGAGCCCGCCACAUCUUGGACCACCGUCACAAAUGAUGCACAGCUGGUCAUGCACCUCAUGAAUAUGUACUUCACUUGGCACUACACUUACUUCACAACCUUGUCAAGGGACCUGUUUUGGAGCGAGUUUAAGCAAGGAAAGCCAGCAAAAGAUGCCAAGCGGAGGACGGAACACUGUACCGAGCUUCUAGUCAACGCAAUGCUAGCUCUCGGCUGUCAUUUCACCUCAUGGUCUGCCGCGCGGGCAGUCCCUGAUGAUUCGGCGACUGCUGGCGAUCAUUUCUUCCAAGAAGCAAAGAGGCUCAUCCUACAAAAUGAUGAGCAUGAAAAGCCAAGGCUGGCGACCGUUCAAGCUCUUGCACUCAUGUCAGUACGUGAAGCAGGGUGCGGGCGUGAGGCUCGCGGCUGGGGUUAUAGUGGUAUGAGCUUCAGAAUGGCUUACGAUCUCGGCUUGAAUAUUGACUCGGGUUCUGACAAUCUCGAUGAAUCGGAGGUCGAUGCAAGAAGGAUUACCAUUUGGGGUUGCUUCUUAUUUGACAAAUGUUGGUCAAAUUAUCUCGGCCGACAACCACAGAUUCCACAGUCCGGCAUCGCUGCGCCCAAGUUCGAUGUCUUCCCAACCGAGGAUGCCGAAAUGUGGCGUUCUUAUUCAGAUGGCGGAGUCGAGCAAUCCAACGUUCAGCCAGCUCGUACUCGCGCGGUUGCUCUGCAAAUAUCGCAACUCUGUGAAAUCAGCAGUGAUUUGCUACUCUACUUUUAUCAUCCACAUCUACUAGAGAAGCCUCUCGGCAAGCAAGCGGAACUGAAGAAGCUUAGUGAGCUGCACACAAGGCUUGAAGCAUGGCGCAAGAACUUGCCGAAGGAGAUGGAGCCUAAAGAGGGUCAGCUGCCUAACGUGCUCGUCAUGCAUAUGUUCUUCCAACUUCUCUUCAUCCACCUGUUCCGACCAUUCUUAAAGUACAAGCAAGCCAACUCUCCCCUCCCGAGUCAUGUCUCGCCUCGCAAAUUCAUCACCCACUCUGCUGCCACGAUUUCGAAGCUGCUGCGACUCUACCGCAGAACAUACGGUCUCCGCCAGAUAUGCAACAUAGUUGUCUACAUUGCCCAUACUGCGUGUACAGUCCAUCUACUCAACCUUCCUGAUAAGACAGCGCAACGAGAUAUUCAGCACGGCUUGAAUCAUCUCGAGGAGAUCUCAGAAGGCUGGAUCUGUGCUCGUCGGACUCUCAGCAUCCUUCACUUGGUCACCAGACGAUGGCAAAUCGAGUUGCCUGAAGCAGCAACAAAGGCUUUCAUGCGCGCUGAAGCCAAAUAUGGCAGCAUACGGACACCUGACCACGAACUCGAUCUAAAGCUCGAAGAGCGUCAAACUAUUUCUCCUCCGAUGAUGCAGGCCAUGCAACCGCCUCCGCCGAUGCCUCAGCAACCUAGCCACAUUCCUCCUAUGUCUCAAGCCCCUCCAAGCUUUUUCCCGCCUGCUCAGCCUCUCACUCAAUCUCCCAAUGCUAGAUCGCAGCGAUUGCCAAGCGGCGAAUCCAUGGCGCUUCCCCCACGAAGCUCUGCAGAGCUUGCUACCAUGCCACGCCAACAGAACUACGUCAUGCCAGGCGGACAGCAGCCGCCAACCUGGAAUAAUCAGCUACCACCCGGUACCUCUCCACAAGGACAACCCGCUGUCUCGAGUCCGACGGCUCUCUUUGGUGGUGUACAUGGCCUCAUGGCUGACCAGGAGUGGUGGCUUCGCGAUUCGCAACAAUUCUACACCAACUGGAACAGUGGAAUGGAUCCCAAUGCAAAUGGCUUCAACGGACCGAGAGUCAGCAGUAGUGGACCUAAUAGACCGAUGCCUGGGUACGACUUCGGGAACAUAGGCGGCCCUAAUGACGGGUAUGGAAAUUACUGA